GUGGAGUUUGCGCAAUCUAGUGAUACUCGUCGUCGGUUUUACUGUGAUAAAGAGUGAGGAUUAUCGGUAUCCCAUAAUCCACCUAUUCGAAUAGUAAGUGGACAGCUGAAUCUGAUCGCCCCCAGGGAGACUGAGUCAUGGACACAGCGGAUCGGCUAACCAUCAUUCCGGCCAACGACUGGGCCCAGUUAAGGGAUCUUUACCUCAAGAACUGGCCUGAGCAUCACGUCGCGUACACCACGAUCGACAAUUAUGUGUGUUGGUAUGGAAAGGAUCCUGCUAUUAAGAAUCUCAUUAUUUACUGUCUGAACGAAAGCUGGCGAGAGGAUGGUACCUACUUGGUCGUGGAUCGCUAUCAGCUGUUCGUAUACUCACUGGAUCCUACAAAUCGUAUACUAGCUAGGGCACUCCCUUUGCUAGACUGGAGUGGUGGAUUGAAAGUGAGUUCACUUUUGGCACGUCACCGACAACCAGUCAUUGAUGUGAUCACGGCCAAGGGAUUGACCAAAGAGUACGACAGUGAAACGUAUCAGUACUUUAUGUCCAAAGAACAAUGCAACGCCAUAUCGCUACAAGUACCGGAUGGUUUCAUGUUGAAGACCUUAAGUAGCAAGGACGCUACGAAAGCGAAUGAUCACUGGCCAAAUCGCCACACCGGUUCAUUAUUCUUUCUACAACGGCUUGCGGCUUGGAACAUGUGUGUGGGGCUUUAUGAGCAAUCUACGGGGAAGAUGGUGGCGUGGUGUUUCCGCUUACAGGCUGGUGCACUUGGAGCGUUGCAGGUUGAUCCGGAAUACUUGAGGCGUGGAUUCGGAACCGUAGUGACAGUAGCGAUAGCAAAAAAGGUUGCAGCUCUAGGUCAUGAUUGUUACGCGCUGGUUAAUGCAAUGAAUAUCCCAUCGAGACGUAUGUUCGAAAGACUUGGGUUUGAGCACACGGAUGAAGCAUACUGGGUUAGGACUAUACCCACUGUUCCGAAAGAGUGGCAGGACUGAUGACGGAUUUAUUUUGCCCUAAUAAUCUCGAAUUUAUAUUAGGUUACGACGACAGCAUGAGGCUUUAUAAAUUGAAUAAAAAUAAAUAUUCUUGUCUACAAUGUAAAGUCAGUUUCUCUGUUUG